AUGGAAAUCGAUUACCCGUCGCAACAGGAUACACUUCCUUCAUCACAUGCCGCCGUCGAUAUAUCCGAUCAUGGCGUCUACAAGCUCGACGAUUUCCUGAGCGCCCACAAGGCUGAGCACGACGCUCAAAUCCUCGCUCGCGAAGCAGCCAACGCCGCUAAACAUGUCUUGCCCCGUUCUAAGAAGGUUAUGGCUGACGAGAAUGUUGCCCCGUUGAUGCCAGUUGCGGUUGGUGCCCGCUCUUCGAAGCAUACUAUCAUUUUGCAUGAGAAGUAUCAAGCGCUUGGUAUCCCCCAGCCUGUUUUCACUUAUGGAGGUGGAAGUGAGUCCGGAUGGACUGUCGAGGUCAGCUUUCCUGGCAUUGAUGUUGAGGAGCUGCAGGGUUUAUGUGAGGAGAGGAAGUUCAACAGCAAACAGGAAGCUAAAGAGGCGUUGUGCAAGCGGGCUUUGGAGGUGCUUGAAGAGAUGGAGGAACGGGGUAGAAUCACGAAGGCGGAGAAGGGGAAGAAGCAAACGGGUGCUGAUGGGCCGGUGCCACAGCAGGAGAAGAAAGUCAAGGAGCCAGGUCCAAACUACCUUGGCCAACUUUUGGAAUUCCAACGCUCACUUUCUUCCCCACAGCCAACUUACACCGAUUAUCGUGCCGGUUCCCGUUUUGCCUGCCUCGUCACCAUCGAUGGUCACGCCAACCCCUUCGGCUCCCUCGACUCGCUGCACUCUUCCAAGAAGGCAGCUAGGCAAGAGGCCGCCCGUCAUGCCGUCGCGUACUUCCAAGCCCAAGGCCAGUGGCCCGAAGACUCCACUUCUGUUGGCGGCAUCAAAAAGAAGAAGGCCCAGCCUGCGCUCACCGAGUCCGCCACCAUCUCCACCUCGACACCGUCUGCUGAAACUAGGAAACUAAGCACCACAUCCACAGCGUCAACUUCCAUAGCCAACAACGUCUCCUACGCCCAGCAAGUAGCCCACCUUGCCGUCACACUCUCCCUUUCCACACCAGAAUGGUGCUUCAACCCCCACCCCGUCGAUAAAGAAUUCCACACCGUGUCGUGCUUCUUCCGCAACGGCGGACCGCACGAGGGUCCUAUAGGCGAGGUGCGCAACAUCUUUGGCAAGAAGAAGGCCAAGGAGGAGUGUGCGCGGCUGACGCUCGAGUAUUUGAAUGGAGUGCGUGCUCAUAGGAUGAGAUGUGGGGAGCGUAUGUUGGAGGGCAUUAGUGGUAGUGAAGGGGUUGUGCGUGGUGCAGUGGGCAGGGCUGUGGAUGGGGAGAAGGAGGCUGUUGCUAAAUGGCAGGGCGUUGUGGUGGCGUGUGAAGCGAGUGAGAGUGAGGGGGAUCAGUUUGAGGAUGCUGUGGAAGCUAUGGGCGCGUAG